AUGGCUAGCAUCUUCCUUUUUGCUCUCUAUCUAGGAGCUCUGCUCUUGGCCGUCUCGGGCGCCCUCGCUGCCCCCGCAGCCGUCGAGCUUGAUUCCGGGCUAAUCCCCGACAAGUACAUCGUCACUCUUAAGAACAGUGCUGUUGCUAGCACGGAGUCUCACCUGAACUGGGUUCGUGACAUCCACGCGCGGUCUCUGGCUAAGCGCAACACUGCUGGUAUUGAGAGAACCUUUAAUGUUGGUACUUGGAACGCCUACUCUGGCGAAUUCGAUAAAAAGACUAUUGAGAAAAUCAAGGCCAGCCCUGAGGUUGAUGCUGUUGAACCCGACGAUGUCAUGUACCUCUUGGGCGGUGCCGGGAGCAAGCCUGCGGAUAUUCUUACGCAAAAGAAUGCUCCUUGGGGUCUUGCUGCGAUCUCUCAUCGUAACAAGGGGUUUACUGAAUACCUCUAUGAUUCCUCGGCUGGCGCCGAUACUUACGCUUACGUCGUGGACUCUGGGGUCCGACAUACGCACACCGAAUUUGGUGGCCGCGUUACUCUCGGUGGUAGUGCCGUCGGUGAUGCUGGCGCGGAUAAUAUAGGCCAUGGAACUCAUGUCGCUGGCAUAAUUGGCGGUUCUACCUACGGUGUUGCUAAGAAGACCAACAUAAUCUCCGUCAAAAUCGCUGGUCGCGGAAUGUUCAAAACCGGCGCCCUUGCAGGUUUCGAUUGGGCUUUCAACGAUAUCAUCGCCAAGAAACGUGUCGGCCGAUCCGUCAUCAACCUGUCUCUUGGCGGGAGCUCAUCCAGGGCCUGGAAUGCUGCUAUCGAGGCGGCUUUCAAGCGAGGUGUUUUAUCCGUUGCCGCUGCCGGCAAUGGCGAUAAUGGCAAACCUAGCAAGCCUCUGCCAGUUUCUGGCACAUCUCCUGCCAAUUCCCCCUACGCCCUGACUGUAGCUUCUAUCGACUCCGGCUGGCGUCCCGCCCGUUCUACCAACUAUGGCCCUGGGGUCGACAUCUUCGCCCCAGGUGUCAAAAUCCUCUCGGCCUCGAACCUUACCGACUCAGCUAUUGAAACUAAGAGUGGCACUUCUAUGGCUGCUCCCCACGUCGCUGGCCUGGUUGUGUAUCUCCAAGCUCGUGAGGGUCUUCGCAAACCUGGUGAUAUCAUCCGCCGCAUCAAGGAGUUGGGCACCCCUGAUUUGGUGACCGGCAACCUUAACGGCAGCCCGAACUUGGUUGCCUACAAUGGGAACCGUAUAUGA